GUGGCUACCAGUGUGGCAUUACUGUUUCAAUAAUGAAUAACGAAAAGUCGGAAGAAAGGCAAAAUAACCCCAGGCAAACAGCAAAUAUAUUUUCUAGAAUAACUUUUUGGUACACUUAUGAUUUGUUUAAAACAGGAUUUAAACGAGAACUCGAAGAAAAAGAUUUGUACGAUGUACUUCCUGAGUUUAACACGUCGGAACUGGGAGACCGCAUGGAACGCGAAUGGAAUGAACAUAAAAAAGAUAAGAAUGCUAUGUUUUUAGUUUUGUGGAAAAUGUAUGGCAAGUAUUACUGUAUACUUAGUGUGACCAUGCUUUUUACUAUUAUACUAAACGUUAUACGUCCUAUAAUAAUUGGUAAAGUGGUUUCCUUUUUCACUCCAGGAGAAGAAAAUUUAAGUAGAACGCCUGCCUUGCUCUACGUUGUAUUUUUACUUGUACUUCAAUUAGUAGAUGUCGUUUGUAAACAAAAUUAUCUCUUCAUGAUAGAAAAUUUAGGCAUUAAGAUUCGCAGUGCUUUUUGUUCACUCAUUUACAGAAAAUUUCUUAAACUUCCAGUAAGUCGCUUACGUUACAUUACCUUUGGCAAUGUUGCAAACCUAAUAACAAGAGACAUCAGUGCAUUUGAUCAGUUCUUCAUUAACUUCACCUAUGCUUGGUCUGGGUUCAUCGUCGCUAUGAUUUCAUGUUACAACAUGUAUCGCCGUAUUGGUUUGCCAGCUGUCGUCGCAGUUCUUGCAUUUGCAAUAUUGAUUCCACUUCAGGUUUUUGCGGGAAUAUGGAUAGCUUCACUCAAAAAACAAACAUCUAAGAAAACCGACACAAGACUUACUGAAUUUAGAGAAGCUUGUUCUAACAUCAGAAGCAUAAAAAUGUACGUUUGGGAAAAUUACUUGGAAAGCAAAAUAUCUUGGGCAAGAAAGAGAGAAAUGAACAUUCUGUUUAAAAUUUUUGCUUUACUGUUUCUGUCUAUAUUAACAGGAAUCAUAGUUAACAACGUAACAUUUUAUCUUGUUGUAAUGACCAACAUUUGGACGGGUCAAGUUCUAACGGCGGAAAUUAUGUAUUACAUUAGUGGCACUUUUCAAGCUCUCUCUGCUACCAUACAAGUUGCAUUUCCAUACGCGACAUUUAGUUUGCCCCAAGUAUUUACUGCCAUUAAAAGAAUGCAAACUUUAGCUCAUACAUUAGAAAUGUAUAACCAACUCGAAUAUCGUGAAUUCAAAACAAAUAAACCAAAAGUAGAAUUUUCAAACGUGAAGGUCACAAUCGACAAUAAGACGGUUUUCGCAAAUGUCACCUUACAUGUCUAUUCGGGAUUAAUUCUAAUAAGUGGACCUGCCGGCAGUGGUAAAAGUGUCUUUCUUUUGACAAUUUUGAGAGAAUUUGAAGUAUCUGAAGGAAACUUACUUGCUGAGGGCAAGUUAUCUUAUGCAUCACAAGAACCUUGGUUAUUUCCUGCCACCAUUAAACAAAACAUACUUUUUGGAAACAACUAUAAUCAUGAACACUAUCAAGAAGUGUUACGAGUUUGCGAUUUACACUAUGAUUUAGAUUUACUAGAAAAUGGUGAUUCUACUAUUGUAGUCGAUGGUGGAGUUAAUUUGAGCAAAGGUCAACGAAGCAGGAUUAAUCUAGCAAGGGCUAUAUAUCAAAACAGCGAUAUUUACUUAAUAGACGACUGUCUGUCGAGUCUAGAUCCUUUAGUCGCUGACCAUAUCUUUAAAAAUUGUAUUUUAAAACUUUUGCGUGACAAAUUAGUAUUUCUGGUGAGCCAUUAUUCGGAUUUAAGUCACUAUGCCACUAAUAUUGUAAACUUACGUAAUGGUAAUGUAACAUUAUGGAAACAUGAUUUGUCAAACAAUGUACAAAAUGACGAUCAGACGAUCGUUCCAAAUAUGCAGAAAGCCUUAACAAAAUCUGCACCAAAACUCAAUUCUGUGGAUUGUGAGAGAAGCAAAUUAAUCGAAACAACAAAAACAAAUAAAGUGUAUAGAGAAUUAAAAGUAUCAGGCUCGGUUCCUCUGAAAACUUAUAUGAAAUAUGUGGGCAUGGGCGGAGGAUGUCUUACUUUUUCAAUUAUAUUUUUUAUCUUCAUUCUAGCGCAAUUGCUAGUAAGCUACAAAGACAAGCUAUUAAGCAACUGGGUAAACUUUGAGGACAAAAUUUCACGAAAUAAUCUCACGGUUGGUAAUACAACGUACUCAGUCCUCAUAGAGGAUCGCAAUCAACUUUUGCGUACCUACACUAUCGUGGUCGUUGGAAUAUCAGUCGCUACACUGAUAAGAGGAUGCGCAUUGUUUUUAUUUUCAAGAAAAGUGUCAAUAACUUUACAUAAAAAGAUGCUGAAUUGUGUUAUUAAUACAUCUAUCAAUUUUUUCGACUCAACUUUUUUAGGAAAUAUUGUGAACAGAUUUUCAAAAGAUCUUGACAGCGUUGAUGAAAGUAUCCCUUUUCCUUUACACCAUUUGAUAGUGAUCAUCUUAGAAAUUCUUGGAAAUAUUGUACUUAUUGCCUUUACCAACGUAAGAUUACUUUUACCUAUCGCUCUGCUUUUUGGAAGCCUCAUAUUUUUAAGAUACAUUUAUAUUAAAACAGGAGCACCGCUAAAAAGAUUAGAUGCCUCAACCAAAAGUCCUGUAAUUGGAUAUCUCAGUGCCACCUUAGAGGGGCUGCCAACUAUUAAAGCUUUCAGUUGCCAAGGAAUUGUCAAGGAGGAAUUUGAGACACAUCAUAACCUGUAUAAUUCAGCCUCCUAUUCACAUGCUGCUUGUUUGAAAGCGUUUGUGUUCGUGGUAGAUACUCUUGCAUCCAUCUUUAUCGUUGUGGUUAUUCUACAAUUUGUAAUUCUCGAAAAAGAUGUCUUACCCGGAGACGUCGGAUUAGCAAUUUCACAGGCGUUUACAAUAUAUUCUGUAUUUUUUUAUGGAGUGUACAAAUGGGUCGAUUUAGAAACACAAAUGACUUCAGCAGAACGUGCAAUGGAAUACACAACGAUACAGAAAGAGUCUAAAUCAGGAUUAGAAAUCGAUAAUUGGCCAACACUGGGUGAAAUUAAAUACGAAAAUGUGUACUUGAGUGUGGAUAAUUCUAAGUCAUACGUAUUAAAGAAUUUAAAUUUUCACAUUAAACCUAACGAAAAACUAGGAAUUGUGGGCCGCACAGGAGCUGGUAAAUCGUCAAUUAUAUCAGCACUCUUUCGUUUAUACGAGAUUAAAGGACGAAUUACAAUAGAUGGCGUUGAUAUUAAAACACUAUCGUUAGAUUUUCUCAGAUCGAAUAUUUCGGUAAUUCCACAAGAUCCUUUCUUGCUCAGAGGAACACUGAGGUAUAAUAUAGACCCAGAUCAGGUACAUACGGACGAAGAAAUAUGGACUGCUUUAAAUACUGUGGGAAUGAACAAAAUCAUUUCAAUUUUAAAUGCUAAUAUUAAGGAAUUUGAGUUUAGUUGCAGUCAGAAAAGGCUAUUGUGUUUAGCUAGAGUGUUAAUGAAAAAUAAGAAAAUAUUAGCCAUCGACGAAAUAGUUGAACACGUGGACACUGAAACGGAAGACCUAAUUUAUAAGAUAAUAGAUGAACAUUUUAAAUUUUGUACCGUUAUCAAAAUAGCACACAGAUUAAAAUUUAUUAUGGACUGCGACAAAGUGUUAGUUAUGGAUAACGGUAACAUUGUUGAAUAUGACAAUCCUGAAAUUUUGUUGAAAAAUAUAAAUGGCAAUGGUAAAAACGACAGUCGGUUGAGCAAAAAAUUUCCAUGUGAUCGAAUACCAUAUCUAUGA